AUGGCCAAAUCACAAGAAGGCAACCAAAACUCAAGAGGAGCGCCUAGCAGGGCAGGCAGUGUUGUGUGCGAGGACCAACGAAGUUCGAUGAAUCACCGCGUCAAAUUCUCGGUCGGAGGCAGUGAUAAAGCACAGACGCCUCAAGAUCCCCCCAAAAAGCCUUUGCCGCAAAUGUGUGUGCCAUCUACCUCCCAGCCUUCGAAGUCAUAUUUUUCAAACUCGAUAGACGCCAAGUCUGCCGAUGUCGCGAAGACUCCGCUGCUCGCUUCCAGUUCAGACCAUUAUGGAAAGGUCACUGAAGUUUCACAGCUCUCUGCUAAUGAGAGAACCAUGCAGCCUGGCAACAAGCUUGGCAGUGCCUCAGCGCCCGUUUCCAGACGUGAUUCGCAUGAAGAUGCCACAGUUACGCUAUUGCCAACGAAGGGGACUCAUGGCUAUCCUGUUCGUGUCGAUGAAAUACCGCUGGCGGACAUGGGGAAGUCAAUCGACAGGCGCCCUUAUUCUCUAUAUGAUGAUUCAACAGACGAGGACGAAGAAGGACCUUCCAAAACUGCUGACAGGAAGAAAACUGUUGUACCGGCCGAAGAUAACCACACUGACAACACAAACUGUUUAAGGACAAAUGCCGAAGCCCAUCGUUUGGUAAGGGCUAUGACAAACCGACUAGAGCUCGAGAGGGUAUGGGCAAAUGACCCCGAUCGUGAAGAACUUCGGUCUGGUCACACCACUCCAGCACAUGAGCGACAUCAACAAGACUACAUUCCCAGACCGACCGAGUUCAAGCCCAGUAUCCUGUCUAUGCUCCUGAAAGUCCACGAUCAGCACAGUGCAGGUAUAAUGAUCAACCGCCACUCCGCGAGUGGUCCUUUUCAUACUGAACAUCAUGAUGCUAGACCUUGGCGAAGGCGUUCUGGUGCAAAACUGCUCUCAUCGUCUCCUUCCACCGCUGCUACACCUGGAGCAUCCCCACCCUCGUCUGAAAUAAGUACACCUCAGACCUCAGGCAAAAGUACUCCCCGCAGACUGAAAUGGUACGAUAAACCUUCGGGGUCUGCUUCAACCACUUCUCUGUCAGGUUUGCUAGACGCCUCAAUGGUGGCGGGAGCUCCCGCUACCUCGAAAGCAGCCCCAGCGGCACACCAACGCACGGCUUCUCGUCCCCACCUAACCAGGCCUCGGUCUACUGGCAUGUUGUCCUCAGCCAUGCAUAAGCUGACCCCGAAACACGAAAAUCCAAACGAAAUCCUAAUCACGGUUCAUAUAGCUGAAGUGCUUGCACGCCAGCGGUAUCUACUUACAUUGUGUCGUGCGCUGAUGUUGUAUGGAGCUCCAACGCAUAGGUUGGAGGAAUACAUGCGAAUGUCUGCACGUGUCCUCCAGAUCGAAGGACAAUUCCUCUACCUUCCAGGAUGCAUGAUCGUCUCUUUCGACGACAGCGAUCUGCAUACGACCGAAGUCAAGCUCGUCAAGGUGGAUCCUGGGGUCGACCUUGGAAAGUUCCGAGACACCUUUGACAUAUAUAAAGAGGUCGUGCACGAUCAGACAGGAGUCGAAGAAGCCAUGCAGCGUCUUGAUGAAGUCAACAAGCGCCCAGAGAAGUUCAAUGUGUGGAUUAAGAUUUUGAUGUAUGGACUGGCUUCUGCAUUUGUGGGACCUUUCGCGUUCGGUGCACGCCCGAUCGACAUGCCCAUCGCCUUCCUGUUGGGUUGUGUCCUGGGUCUGCUCCAACUGUGGGUAGCGACCAGAUCUGAGCUAUAUUCAAACGUUUUCGAGAUCACAGCAUCCAUCGUCACCUCGUUCGCUGCCCGCGGUAUGGGAAGCAUUCGUUAUAAAGAUGGGACAUUUGUUUUCUGUUUCUCUGCCCUAGCGCAGAGCAGUAUCGCACUUAUCUUACCUGGAUACAUCAUCCUUUGUGGUAGUCUCGAACUCCAAUCUCGCCACCUCGUCGCAGGAUCUGUGCGAAUGGUCUACGCCAUCAUUUAUGCCCUUAUGCUCGGGUUCGGAAUCACCAUCGGCACUGCGGUUUAUGGCUUAAUGGAUAAGAACGCAACGUCUGUUGUCGCUUGCCCAGCGCCCAAAAGCUUGGACUGGUGGACCAACAACGUCUACCUGAGUCAUUUCCCCUGGGUUCCGCUCUUCACAAUGUGCUUGAUAGUCAUCAGCCAGGCGAAAUGGAAGCAAGCACCCAUGAUGCUUUUCAUUGCGUUCGCCGGUUAUCAAGUGAAUUUUUGGAGUGCAAAGCGAUUCGCGAACAAUGUCCAGAUAGCGAACGCCUUGGGCGCCUUCGCAAUUGGUGUUAUGGGGAACCUAUACUCCCGCAUGCGUCACGGCCUUGCAGCAGCAGUGCUACUACCAGCUAUAUUUGUGCAAGUCCCAUCCGGCCUGGCAGCCAGCGGGUCACUAGUAAGUGGUUUGACCUCUGCGGAUCAGAUCACGGGCAACGCCACAGGCAUCUCAGUCAUCAAUAAUGGGACGCAGGGAUUUGCGGAUGCACAGAAAAACGCGACCACGGCUGAGACUAGUGGAGUGUAUUCUGGAACGGUGUUUAACGUGGGUUAUGGCAUGGUGCAAGUUGCUAUUGGGAUUAGCGUUGGCUUGUUUCUCAGCGCCUUGGUUGUGUAUCCUUUUGGCAAGAAGAGGAGUGGGUUGUUCAGUUUCUGA